CCUCUGAUUUUUGCUUCUCCCUUCAAGAUGGCGAACACAAUGAGCCGGCACAGCGCCGGUUGGCCCUGAGGUGACUGCGGAGAAGAACGGUCAGCGAGGUCCCGUCAUCCCGACGCGAGAGCGUGCCCUGAGGAGGACGACGCGGCGGCCCGACUGUCAGCCGCCCUCCCGCUAGCCGCCAGCGCGGCGUCCGCACCGCUGGGGUUGGCCCUGAGCAGCCCGCCCGCUCGCUCGCCUCUCGGCCCCGCCCCGGCCCUGCGCCGCCGCGGCUGCCUCCAGCAGCAGCAGCCACCGCCGCCGCCAUGAAGCUGACCGACAGCGUGCUGAGAAGCUUCCGCGUCGCUAAGGUGUUCCGCGAGAACUCGGACAAGAUCAACUGCUUCGACUUCAGUCCCAAUGGAGAGACGGUCAUCUCCAGCAGCGACGAUGACUCCAUCGUGCUGUAUGACUGCCAGGAGGGCAAACCAAAGAGAACCCUGUACAGUAAGAAGUAUGGUGUGGACCUCAUCAGAUACACUCAUGCAGCUAACACGGUCGUUUACAGCUCUAACAAAAUAGACGAUACUAUUCGUUACUUGUCGUUGCAUGACAACAAAUACAUCAGAUAUUUUCCUGGACACAGCAAAAGGGUGGUGGCCUUGUCCAUGUCACCUGUGGAUGACACUUUCAUUUCUGGGUCUCUUGAUAAGACCAUUCGACUCUGGGAUCUCCGGUCUCCUAACUGCCAGGGCCUCAUGCAUCUACAGGGCAAACCAGUUUGUUCCUUUGAUCCAGAAGGGUUAAUUUUUGCUGCAGGUGUCAACUCAGAAAUGGUCAAACUUUAUGACCUUCGUUCUUUUGAUAAGGGACCGUUUGCAACCUUUAAGAUGCAGUAUGAUCGGACUUGUGAGUGGACAGGACUUAAGUUCAGCAAUGAUGGCAAACUCAUACUCAUUUCUACCAAUGGCAGCUUCAUCCGUCUUAUUGAUGCAUUCAAGGGUGUGGUGAUGCACACAUUUGGGGGUUAUGCUAACAGCAAAGCUGUUACGCUCGAAGCUUCAUUUACUCCAGAUUCACAAUUUAUUAUGAUUGGUUCAGAAGAUGGCAAGAUCCAUGUCUGGAAUGGAGAGAGUGGUAUAAAAGUAGCUGUAUUGGAUGGUAAACACACGGGUCCCAUUACCUGUUUGCAGUUCAACCCCAAGUUCAUGACCUUUGCCAGCGCCUGUUCCAACAUGGCCUUCUGGUUGCCCACCAUUGAUGACUGAUCCUGACACUGCUUGGCUAUUUGUACAGUGAGGGCGGCCAACAGGAAAGUCAGAGGUGACUGAGAUGACAGUGGGAUUGACUGAACUGGAGAACAUCUUUCCACAUGGCUUUCCCAGGAUGUGCUGUCCAUCGCUCUAAAGAAUUGCUUUGCUGAGCGCCUUCCAGAGGACUCUUGGUGCUGCAGAUUCAGUUGGCACUCAGCCUUUCCAGCUCUCGCUGCACCGAGCUCUUCAGAGGGUGAUUACUUAGGACUAGGUUACAGUGGGGCCCUUGGGCCCCUUCAGUUUUGAAUAUAUUUGCUGCUGAAGAGCCAGUGACAUCACCAAUCUCCGCACAUCCUUCUCCCACCACAGAAAUGCAUGGGAAGCCACAGUUCUGGUUUUGAGAUGCUAGGGCAGCUCAGCACCCCUUGCCCUCACCCUGCAUGUCUUGUUACUGGGUCUCCCUGUGUAAUUGUGGCAUUAUUCCACAACCAUCAUGUUUCGUAGGUGCCAAAUAUUUACAAAAAUAAGUCUUCAUUAUACCUUUGGGUCAAAGAAAGAAAGAAAGGAACAAAUAGAGAAGGACCUUGUUUGUCAGGAGGCUUUACAGUAUUCCUGUGUAGGUGGGUGGGGCGGGUCUUGGGCCUAGAUGUUGGCUAACAAAAGGCCCAAGAGUACGAAAGGGGGGGAAGGGAGUAGCAGGUAAAUUCUGAGAGCUGAGAGGUUUAGCUGCCUGGUGCAAUUCCCCCAUCCAGACAGUCCUGCAGUCUUUUUGUGGGGAUCCUACUGAGCUGGGCUUGUACAAAAGCAAGGUAGUAGUUUAUUUUUGUACCUGAGUCACAUCACGUUUUCCUGUGGGCCAGUAUUGUGGAAUGAGUCUGAGUUGUUUACACUGAUGCCUUCCUUCCCUGCCCACCAUAAAUUGUGUACAUAGUCAGCAGAUAAUAUCCCUCUUCCCCAGCUCUUACCCAAGAGCUGGCUCUAGGCCUGUGUUAUAUGUUAUAUUUAGCCUUUUUAUAUAUGACCCUUGAUCUGUUUGUAUUUGAGCACAGUGUGCGUGUCCACUUAAAUACAUUUGUGUAAACAUGCACAUAAGUAUGUGUAUAUGCCUACUAUCUCUCUCGUCUAGCUUAUCAAGAGUUCAUCAGGAGAGGGAACCCUGCAGCUAAGAAAGACUAUUUGUGGGUAGUGUUCACCACAAGUGUUAGUCUUCUCUGUUAACUUUAGGGAGACAACGUGAAGCAGAGCUUCUAGUGUUUGCUGUUUCAUGGCAGCUAAGUAAGAGCCUUGGGAUGACUCCCGUGCUCUUCAAGCCACACUUCGGGGCCCUCUCUACAGUAUUAGCAUCUUUUUUGCCUGAUUAUGCUCUGUCUGCACCUGUAUAUGUGUGACAGUCACUUUUGCAUGGCUUCUGUGCCUGGCUUGUGGCAUUUGGGGACAGGGUGCUAGAGCCACAGUGUUUUAGUUUGUCAGGACUUCUCACCCUGUUGUUCUACAUCAUUGCCCGUUCCUCUGAGAGCAGGCUAGGACCAGACUUGAGAAGAGUCGCAACUGACCUUUUCUUCCCAGUAUGGCCACAGCAAACAUUUAGGCAAGCAAUCCCCUGCAGAUCCAGAAAUCAAGACCCAAUCAGCUAUGAUUUGCCCAUGAGUACCCAGCUGCUAGGUGUCAAUCAGGCUAUCACUGCUUCUGUUCAGGAGCAGACAUAGACUUCGAAUCACUAAUGCUAUUUUUUGAGCAAUUACUUUUUGACUUGUUAUUCCAACUGAAAAGGCGGCUACCUUCACUGAAGUCUAAGUGUUGCUGAGCAGUCCUGCCUUUCCAGAGUGGACAUACUGUAGGAACCAGGUGAUCGGAGUUAUUACUGUCUACCUUCAGAAUCUGAGUCCAUGUUUAGAUAAACUGCUGAGAGCAGGUGUCUGUAACCAUGGAUUAGCACGACUGCAUAACCUGAAAGAGUUGAGAAAGAGCAGCCAGCCUGGCCGCAGGAAAACUGAGUUCAGGAGAAUCCGAAGCUGAGGCACCGUGCUCUUGGAAGACAUACUGCCUCACAGCCACUGCUGGGCCCUGUGGCAGCAGAGCCGAGUUCUGAAUUGGUAGAAGAUGCAACUGGAACUGAUAAUACUGUAUGUUGUCACAGGGUAAGCAAGAGGGAGAAAGCAGAGUUGGCAGUUUGGAGGUGUAUCCUGGGAUAUAGUAACUGUCCUCUGGAAAAUCAACCAGAGCCACUGCUCUGUGUGUGACAACUGGCACUGCACUGUUCGACCACCAGCCACUGGGGUAUUUUUUAAUAUAUUGUUCCCCGUUGUAACUGACAACUGUUUAUGAAGGAAAAUUUGGGGAUUUUUAAGAACCAAUUUGCCACCCAAAUGGUACCACUGUUAAUCUUGAUGUUAAAUGUUCUUCUAGAUAUCUCUGUGCAUAGACUUUGAUGUGUUUACAUAGUUGUUAUCCUACUGUAUAUACAAUUUUAUGUCCCUUUUGUACUUAACAUAAACCUUUUUUUUUGCCAUGUUACCAGUCUUAAACAGAAUUUUAUGGCUUACAGUCUCUUCCAUUGA